AUGGAAACGUACAAGCUGGCCCAAGAAUUACAGCUUGUUAUUCCCGAGCUGCACUUCGAGCACAGUCCACAUGUGGUGUUUGAGCAGCCGGCUGAAAGAGAGAGGGCAGAGUCCUCGUGCAUAAGCGUGUUGGCGCUUUUCAAGAACCGCUACGACAUCUUCACUCAUCCACAGGGUCCUCAUCAACGGCUGGAUGAGACGCAUAUCUUUGGAGAACUCGUGAUCGAUGCAGAUAAGGAUCCCGAUGUCGAGCAAAUGCAGGCCGCAAUGGUUCUGCUGGCUAUUCGUGCUCUCGGAAAGUCCAAAGCUGUCCUGCAGCAGAUGCCGCGAGAGAUGAGACGUCCGGAGAAGGCAAUACUUCAGCUUAUGGCCAGCGAGAAGAAUGUCGUGCCAUCAGUCUGGUGGAUAUCUGAACGCGGGGCGAAGUGCAUUGAGAACGCCCUCGAGAUUCAUGAGCUCUUCAACCUUGCCCAAAUGUUGCAAGGCGAAAACCUUCCGGCAAACAUUGUGCAACUGCGCAAGUGCAUAGAGGGGAAAAGUGAAGAGCAGUUCCGCUUCUACAUCCUGUUCUUGCUCGGGUUCAUGAGUGGAAUUGCAGCAGGAACGGGUUCUCGCUUCAUGAACGGCAAGAAUGCAUCUGCAGUCAUCAGUGGCAUUCGUUUGCUGAAACGCCUCAUGGAGUGCUCACCGGCUGCGAUUUAUUGGGGCUACUUGGACGAGAGAGCCCGCAAAUUGAACAUGAACUUCAGUUCUGCGGAGGACCUUGUGCUGGUUCGCCUCUCAUGUUUGGCACGAGUCCAAGACGAGAAAGAUUACCUGCAGCUACGAACGUCAUGGGAUGCGUUAAAAGCACGGGAGCGGAUGGCCUUGAUAGAUCACUUCCUGGCUGAUGGCAUUCAGGAGCAAGCCUUCAUGCUCGAGUUUCUUCCAAACUGCGUUGCGAAUGCGAAGGCCAACCACACAGUGGGCUUUGCGGGACUACUUGGUGUUUUGGUAGAUCUGCUGAACAAUCUGCAUUCGAGCAUAGACUCGAUGCCAAACAUGGACAAGGUCAUCCCAGUUGACCUCUCUGAGAUGGCAGAAUUCAUCGCUGUGGUGCAAAACAGGUUUGUGUUCUUAACCUGCGUUUCGAGAUGCCAGCUGCAGUUUGUUGGCCAGAGAGUUCUGCUGAAGAUGACAGGAGGCAACUGGGGCCGGAUCGCGGAUCCAGACUCGGACAUGACCAGCCUUGCGUACACACUUCAGGACAUUCUGCAAAAGCAAGAGUUCCUGGAGGCACGGCACUUCCCGGUUCUUGUGGCAGCGCUGCUGGCGCCGCUCGCGCUAGUCUUGAGGCCCAGCGACGCUUUCGUUGGGACGUCGCUGGGGGUGCGGCCAGAGGCCCCUCGAGCUGUGCGGCGAGCGGAGCCAGACAACGAGGCAUUGGACGAGGUUGACGAAGAGGAAUACGAGGACGAGGACGAGGAGUUCGAUGAUGAGGAUGAGGAGUCCAGCGUUGCCUUGAAAUCGGACUAUGCCUUCGACGAGGAGCCACCGAAAGCUUGGUACAAUCGCCGCCACAUUGACCGCCACAAGGUAAACAUGAAGUUCUUCGAUAUCUACAAGAAGCCAGUGGACUUCUUCCCGCACCGGCUCCAGGCAGGCGACACGGUGCGCGUCUAUUACUUGGAGGCCAAACCUGGCUCCGGCGACAAGGAGGUCCGGGGACUUCGAUUGUCCAAGGACCAGCUGCGUGAGACCUACUUUGAUGGCACGAUCCUGAACUUCCGGGGGGAGUACCACGCGCGCACGAUGACGGUCCGAGCAAUGAUCGGCAAGGGCCUGUCCUCCGUGGGCUACGAGUUCCAGUUCCCCAUGCACUCACCACUGAUCACCAGGAUUCAGGUAAUGAGGCGAGGCUUCAUUGGACGCAACAAGAAUGCGUACUUUCUGCGUGGUAUGGUUGGCAAGAGGAACAUCAUCCCCAUUGACAAGGAACGCACGGAAAUGGACAAGAGGUAUGCCGACCUCCGCCUUGACGGACGCGAGGAUGAGAUUCCAGAUCCUGAGUAUCCGCAGCAAGAAUGGGACACGUAUCCCCUCCCUGUCUGGAAGCAGGACAUGGCGGACUGGAACGAGGAGGAGUACGACCCGAGCAAGGUGGACCAGCGAAGCGACUACGAGACGCGUGUCAUCGCCAAGUAUCGCAUGAGGCCCUCCCGCACCGGCAAGUACGGCACCUGA